AUGGGUAAACGCAGGAGCCGGAGCCAGAGCCAUCUGCUUAACAGCCUAACUAAAAAGCAGAAGAAGCAUCUUCGCGAUUUUGGCGAGGAGCAUCCCUUCUUUGACAGGGUUUCAAGAACAGAAGCAAAACCACAGAUAUGCCAACUGUCAGAGAAUUCAGAUACUUCAGAUUCUGAAAGUGGAGCAGAGAGUGAGCCGGAACAGGUUUCUGGGUACCACAGACUACUUGCAACACUGAAGAAUGUUUCUGAGGAAGAAGAAGAAGAUGAGGAGGAGGAGGAAGAGGAAGAAAUUGCAGAUGAAGGACCAGAAAUGAGUGGUGAAGAUGAUGAUAGUGAUGCCAGUGUGGAAGAAGAGACGGCAGAAUCUGCUGAAAUGCAGGAAAAUACGGUCUUAUCUACUGAUCCUCAAGAAAAAGAUGGGGAAGGGCCACCUGGCACAUCUCAACAAGAAUCCCCUGAAGGAUUCACAGAUGCAAAACAUGAGUCACUGUUCAGCUUGGAGACCAAUUUUCUUGAAGAGGAAAGUGGAGACACCUCUUCUCUGCAAGUAUCUCAAGAUCCAUUCCAGCAACAUGUGAAUAAAGAACUGAAAGAAAAGGAAAUUCAGGCUGUUGCCACAAAUCCUAAAACUACGAGCCAAUUAAAAUGGCCUACCUUGGGCCAGCUUGUUUUUUCUUCCAAAUUUCAAAAGUUGGAGACCUUUAAGGCACCGAAGGGCAUUGACUUAAACUCACUUCAUCUCCAGAAACCACUGGAAUCCACUUGGACCAAGACCAACAGCCAGUUCCAGUCUAGCACCUCAAAAUCAAAGCACUCCUUCACUCCACUCCAGAAAGAACUCUUUUUAAUUAUGAAUUCUUACCGGGACCUGUUCUACCCAGAAAGGACUGCCCUCACAAAUGGUGAGGAGAUCCGCCAUGUGUACUGCCUGCAUGCCAUAAAUCACGUCCUCAAAGCCAAUGCCCGGGUGCUCAGCAACAAUAGCAGGCGCCGAACCCAGAAACUUGGGGUGGGUGAUGAUGAUGACUUCAGAGACCAGGGGCUUACACGGCCCAAGGUGCUGAUAGUGGUGCCUUUCCGGGAAGCUGCUUUACGUGUGGUCCAGCUCUUCAUCAGCCUCCUGGAGGGUGACAGCAAGAAAAAGAUAAUUGUGAGCAACAAAAAGAGGUUUCAGGGAGAGUACGGCUCCGAUCCCGAUGACAGGCCGCCCAACCUGAAGAGGCCGGAAGACUAUGAAGCUGUGUUUGUUGGCAACAUCGAUGACCACUUCAGAAUUGGUGUUGCAGUUCUUCAGAGAAGCAUCCGGCUCUACGCCCCCUUCUAUUCUUCGGACAUCAUCAUUGCCUCCCCUCUGGGCCUGAGGACCAUUAUUGGUGGAGAAGGAGAGAAGAAGAGAGAUUUUGAUUUUCUGUCUUCUAUUGAGCUUCUCAUCAUUGACCAGGCUGACAUUUACCUGAUGCAGAACUGGGAGCAUGUUUUGCAUUUGAUGAAUCACAUGAACCUGCUGCCCUUGGACUCACACGGGGUGGACUUUUCUCGAGUACGGAUGUGGAGCCUCAACAAUUGGUCCAAGUACUAUCGCCAGACGUUGCUGUUUGGGGCUUUGCAGGAUGCGCAGAUCAACUCAGUGUUCAACAAGUACUGUGUAAAUUUCCAAGGCCAGGUGGCCGUGAGGAACGUCCCAAUGACAGGUUCCAUCAGCCAUGUCCUGGUACAGCUCCCACAUGUCUUCCAGAGGAUGGAAGCAGAAAACGUAGCUUCAGUGAUUGAUGCCAGGUUUAACUUCUUUGUGAACAAGAUUUUGCCUCAGUAUCGUGAUGCAGUCAUGUCUCACACACUCAUCUACGUCCCUUCCUACUUUGACUUUGUGCGUCUUCGAAACUACUUCAAGAAGGAAGACCUGAAUUUCACCCAUAUCUGCGAGUACACUAAGAAGUCUGGUGUCUCCAGGGCCAGACAGUUCUUCCUUCAGGGAGACAAGCAGUUCCUGCUCCUCACAGAGCGCUUCCAUUUCUACAAAAGGUAUACGAUAAAAGGCAUUAGGAACCUGAUCUUCUAUGAACUGCCAACAUAUCCUCACUUCUACAGUGAAGUCUGUAACAUGCUGAAAAUCACCAACAGAGGAGAGGAAGCCACAUGGACCUGCACUGUUCUCUACUCCAAGUACGACGCCCAGAGGCUCGCUGCGGUGGUUGGCGUGGAACGGGCAGCACAGAUGCUACAGUCCACGAAGAAUGUCCACCUCUUUAUUACUGGAGAAAAAUGAAACUGUUGCAGUGGAGACAGCAUUGGGCAUGAUACAUGAAGCCUGAUCCUGUGUGAUUUGGGCCCAGUAUUGAAUAUUAAUAUAAGAAAGGGCUUGAUCCAGGAAAAGGGCAUCAGGCAAUGUCACUGUUACUUGAUAACAUACUUUUUUUAGGUUGUGUGUUCCUGAAAAGUUUAAUGUAAACCAGAUUUUGGUAAAUCAUAUCUUGCAAAGUCAAGAUGGGACUGAAAAGUUAACUGAAGAAACUUCUAUUUGUGAAUCUUUUUUGUGAGCUAUAAAUUCUUAUGAUUUGACCUCU